AUGGCAAUCGAGAAGGAGGACAAUAGUCCUUCGAGGCUCGAGGCCCCGGCCAGUCGCAAGAUCCCGUAUUGGCGUCUGGUCUCUGACCAAGCCGUUCUGACCCAAGAGAUCAUCGACCAUCCUUAUCCUGGUUCCGGUACGGAUGAGGAUCCGUAUGUCGUGACCUGGAUCCCCAAUGAUCCCCGCAAUCCUAUGUUGUUCCGUCCACUCAAGAAAUGGUUUAUCACCAUGGUGAUGGCCAUCGCGACGCUGGCUGUCGCCCUCGUCUCAUCCGCCUACACUGGGGGUGUUGCGGAAAUUGAAGAACAAUUCAAUAUCGGAAGCGAAGUCGCGACUCUCGGAGUUUCUCUCUUCGUCCUGGGUUUUGCCAUCGGGCCUCUGCUCUGGGCCCCACUCAGUGAGAUGUUUGGUCGCCAGGUGAUCUUCUUCUUCACGUACCUUGCGCUUACUGCGUUCAACUGUGGUAGCGCGGGUGCGCAAAACAUCUGGACUUUGAUUAUCCUUCGCUUCUUCGCUGGUGCUUUUGGUGCAUCUCCUCUGACCAACGCUGGUGGUGUCAUCGCCGACAUGUUCCCGGCCAAGGACCGUGGUAUUGCGAUGAGUCUGUUCGCCUCCGCUCCCUUCUUAGGUCCCGUGCUUGGUCCUAUCUGCGGUGGAUUUUUGGGUAUGAACGCCGGAUGGAGAUGGGUGAUGGGCUUCUUGGGUGCCUUCGCGGGCGUGGUUUGGAUCCUGGGAUCUUUGACCGUCCCUGAAACAUACGCGCCGGUGCUCCUUCGCCGUCGUGCCGAUAAACUGUCUGAGAUUAGCGGCAAGGUAUACCGGAGCAAGCUGGACAUUGACCAGGGCAGGCCGACUCUGAAGGAAGCCUUCAGUAUCGCAUUAUCGCGUCCCUGGAUCCUGCUAUUCCGUGAGCCCAUUGUGUUCCUGCUUUCACUUUACAUGGCUAUUGUCUACGGCACUCUUUACAUGCUGUUCGCUGCCUAUCCGAUCGUCUUCCAGGGCGUUCGCGGCUGGAACCAAGGCGUCGGUGCUCUGCCCUUCCUCGGAAUCAUGGUUGGCAUGCUUGCGGCCGUUGCCUACAGUAUCUUCGAUAACAAGCGCUAUGUCAAGACCGAAGAGAACCAUGGUGGUUUUGCCCCUCCUGAGGCUCGGCUGCCACCAUGCUUGAUCGCCUCUGUCACUAUUCCGGUAGGCCUGUUCUGGUUCGCCUGGACUAACUACCCAUCCAUCCACUGGAUGGCCUGUAUCGCGGCCGGCGCUCCCUUCGGCUUUGGAAUGGUCCUGGUGUUCCUGAGCAUCAUGAGCUACCUGAUUGAUACCUAUACGAUCUUUGCCGCAUCCGUCCUGGCGGCCAACAGUGUCCUGCGGUCAAUUUUCGGCGCUGUGUUCCCCCUCUUCACCACCUACAUGUAUCAAGAUCUGGGCAUCCACUGGGCCUCGUCGAUUCCGGCGUUCCUGGCUCUUGCUUGCGUGCCGUUCCCCUUCCUGUUCUACAAGUACGGUCCCACUGUGCGCAAGCGCUGCAAGUACGCUGCCCAGUCCGAUGCCUUUAUGCGGAAGAUGCUCCAGCAGACGAAGCAGAAGGCCCCCGAACUGGAGGCGGAGGAGGUCGAGGGCCAGGAGUUCGAAGGCUAUGACCGUACAGAAGCUCCUGCACCCGCUCUGGAUGAAUCCGAGGAGAGCGAGACCGAUUCCAAGGUCACCGAGCUUCCCAGAGUGCGCAAGAGCCACAGCCGGGCGUCCACCAUGCGCUCCACUCGGAGUGUCGCCUCGCAGGCCCCAUCGCUCUACGAAGGCAACCCGUACGAUAUCGACCGGGUCAACACUCGCGAUUCUUUCAAACGCUAA